AUGGUGGUAGAGGAAAUUCCGCUCGAAGUACUGGAGCAACUUGUUGUGGUGCCUGAUUUCAAAGUGGAGGCGGAGCUUCUGCCACCAGUGCAAGUCUGCACGGUGUCUGUAUGCAUCCUGCAACUUGUCGCUCCGCACGUCAAACUCCUGCGCGGCCUCCUGCAACUGCUGCAACUGUACUUUAGUAUGCUCCACAAGUUUUCCAAAUGUCACGUUGGUGUGAUGCGAAGGAGCCCGCAUCUUCAUUCGGCGGUUGUGGCCGCAUUGGAAAGGAGUCAUGAACUCCGGGAAAUAAUAUCUCUCUUGCGGGAAAUAGUACUCGUUCGAAGCUUCAUAAACAUAAAGGUCUGCAUCGAGAUCGUCCAAGUAACUCUGCAUAGCCGCAUGCAGAAUUGGCUUGUUAUACCAUUCAUGCGGAAUAGUCUCCUCAAUUUCCGCAUAAUACUUGAGUAA